CUGAAAACAAUCGAAACCUACACAAAGCACCAUGAAUUCUUUGGCAAUUGUAGCUUUUUUCGCCACAUUGGCAGCCACCAACGCUGGAAUUAUCCAGGGACCAAGUAGCAGAAGUGUAGUUGCUGGUCCAGAUGGAAGCGUUAUUUCUUCCGCAGCACCUGGCGGUCAAAUCAUCACUGAAGAACAUCCAGGAGUAGUCGCUCAUGCUGCCCCAGUAGUUGCUUACUCGUCUCCAGUAGUAUCAGCCUACUCCGGUCCAGUAGUAUCAGCAUACUCUGCUCCAGUGGUGUCCGCUUACUCUGCUCCAGUAGUGUCAGCAUACGCUUCUCCAGUACUAUCAGCCUAUUCUGCUCCAGUAGUGUCUGCCUACUCUGCUCAUGCUGUCCCAUCUGUUUAUGCCAGUGGCGUAGUUGCUCACAAUUCCCAUGAUACAGUUGUUGCUGGUCCCUCGGGUACCAUUGCCACCAGCAGGAACAUCGCUACUCCCACUGUAUACGGUCACGGAAUUCAUGGACUCUACCUUUAAUAUGUAAAUUUUAAUUCGCAAUAAAAUAAUUAAUCAUGAUUAUUCCCCAUUUAUAUAACUCUUUCGAAUUCUGUUCCUCAUAUGAGGCCAAUGAGAUAUAUUCGAAUAAGACAUUCUUGAACGAAUCAUACUCAA